GGUGAGACAAGUUCUCGUGCUUUGGACGCGGAGACGGCAAAGCUCCGUGCCGAUACUGAAGCUCGACUGCAGCAGAAGGAGGAGCGAUUGCGGCAGCGUCUGGCGGAGCAAGAAAGAGAACUCCGAUCCGACUUCCGAGAUGAGAAAGAGCGACUUUGUUCGGAGCUGGAGUUGCUUCGCGAAAAGUACGAAGUGGCGAAAGAAGGCUUGGAGCUCAGAGAUGCGGAGAUAGACCAGAAAACGAGAGCACUCUCUGAUCUCAUGACGGGAAUCAGAAGUGCAACUGCUUUGAACGAUGGGCUACAUCAAGCCUCGCAUCUCCAGCAACAAAACACCAGCAGUGCUCUUGGUAUCGCGCGUGCUCGCGCUGAGGCUGUGCUGGCAUCCUGUGGGACUUGCUCUGAUGGGGAGGCAGGUCAUUCAAGCAGAAGAAAGCUUUCUGCUAACGAGGAAUGUGGUGGUUCUUCGUCUUCCACGGCGCUCCACCACACAACAUCGGGCACACCUUCAGGCAGGCGCGAAUCUGCCACAGCGGGAGGAUUUUUGGCCGCCUCUGGCGCUACUCGUGCCGGUGUCGCAACGCAGGCGCGUACGAUGUCACCAAGCCCCUCACUGGUAAUGCAGCGGCAACGGCAGCUGAAAGAACAAGUGGCACUACU